AUGCGCCGCUGCCUUGUCUCCAUUAUCGCAAUUACCAUUUCCGUCAAACAUUCCUCAAAUACCUUCCUUGAGCAUUGGAGCAGUAGCAUUACGCGGGUGCCUGAUAGUCUUCAGCGUUCUCCUGGCACCCCCUUAUUUGCUAAGCGUGCCUUCUUAGGGCCAAUGAUAGAUAGGACUGUGGCGCUUGUCGCAGCUAAAGCGGAUAUAUUCUAUGGAGCCCCACUCACUUAG